AUGGACUACGAAGCUCUGAAAGAGCAGUGGAGCGAGGUUGAGGACCGCGAUGGCGUCCGUCUCAGCUGGAAUGUUCUCCCCAGCUCACGCAUGGAAGCGUCGCGACUCGUUGUGCCCAUUGGCGCUCUCUACACUCCCCUUAAGGAGAAGCCCGAUACUCCUCUUCUUCAGUUCGAACCCGUCACCUGCAAACAGCCCUGUCGCUCCGUUCUCAAUCCCUUCUGUUCGGUAGAUGUACGAGCUCGGCUCUGGAUCUGCCCAUUCUGCCUCUCAAGGAAUCCCCUUCCGCCUCACUACAAGGAUAUUACCGCCAAUGCGAUCCCACCCGAACUGCAUCCUUCGAACACCACGAUCGAGUACCGUCUUUCUCGCCCGGCACCAAGCCCCCCCAUCUUUCUCUAUGUCGUGGAUACCUGUCAGGAGGAGGACAGCUUGGCUGCGCUCAAGGAGUCGCUGGUGAUGAGCCUGAGUCUUCUUCCCGAGAAUGCUCUUGUAGGAUUGAUCACCUAUGGGACAAUGGCUCAAGUUCACGAAAUUGGCUACACGGAAUGUGCCAAGUCGUACGUUUUCCGUGGUAGCAAGGACUACUCUGCCAAGCAGGUUCAGGAGAUGCUUGGGUUGUUGUCCCCUGCGAUGCGUCCUGGCAUUCCUCAGCAGCAACCCGGAAGACCAAUGCCUGCCGGCCCUGCAUCGCGAUUUCUUCUUCCCGUCCAGCAGGCCGAGUUUCAACUGACAAAGGCUUUGGAGCAGCUCCAAAAGGAUCCUUGGCCGGUUGCCAAUGACCGUAGGAGUCUGCGCUGCUCUGGUGUGGCCCUUAGCGUGGCCGUGGGGCUGCUCGAGUCCUCUUUUCAGCACGCAGGCGGCCGUAUCAUGCUGUUCGCUGGCGGCCCGGCGACCGAAGGUCCCGGCAUGGUCGUCGGCCCUGAGCUGAGAGAGCCCAUUCGAUCACAUCACGACAUUGACCGUGACAACAUCAAGUACUACAAGAAGGCCCUCAAAUUCUAUGAUAACCUCGCCAAGAGAACCGCUCACAAUGGUCACAUCAUUGACAUCUUUGCGGGUUGUCUUGAUCAAGUUGGCCUCCUGGAAAUGAAGGGGCUCUGCAACUCAACUGGUGGCCAUAUGAUUCUGACGGAUAGCUUCACGUCAUCCAUGUUCAGGCAAUCUUUCAUUCGCGUGUUUGAAAAGGACGGCGACGACAACUUACUCAUGGGAUUCAACGCUACCCUAGAGGUGCUAACCACCAAAGAACUUAAAGUUACCGGUCUGAUAGGUCAUGCAAUUUCACUCAACAAAAAGUCAACGUCAGUAGGGGAAACAGAGUGUGGAAUUGGCAACACCUGUUCAUGGAAGAUGUGCGGUAUCGACCCCAAUGCCAGCUACGGUGUCUACUUCGAGAUUGCAAGCCAAGGAGGUCCAACACAGCACCAGCAGACGCCGCAAAAGGGAAUGAUACAGUUCCUCACAUACUACCAGCACUCCUCCGGCCAGUUCCACCUAAGGGUCACGACAAUUGCGAGGAACCUCAGUGGUCCAGCUGGCGACCCGGCGAUCGCACAAUCUUUUGACCAGGAAGCUGCCGCGGUCCUCAUGUCUCGCAUCGCUGUCUUCAAAGCCGAGGUGGACGACGGCCCAGAUGUUCUGCGGUGGGUUGACAGAAUGCUCAUCAGGCUAUGCUCGCGUUUUGCAGACUAUCGAAAGGAUGAUCCCUCGUCUUUCCGUCUGGAAAAGAACUUCACGCUGUAUCCACAGUUUAUGUUUCACCUGAGAAGAAGCCAAUUCCUCCAGGUCUUCAACAACUCCCCCGACGAGACGGCCUUUUACCGCCACGUCCUCAACCACGAGGAUGUCAGCAACUCGCUCAUCAUGAUUCAACCCACUUUAGAUUCGUACACAUUCGAUCAGGAAGGCGGUCAACCUGUCCUCUUGGACUCGACCUCGAUUCAACCGACCCACAUCCUUCUUCUCGACACUUUCUUCCACAUUCUCAUUUUCCACGGAGAGACCGUGGCCGAAUGGAGAAAAGCAGGCUACCAAGACCAAGAGGGCUACGAGAACUUUGCUUCCUUGCUUGAGCUACCCAAGGAGGACGCCAGAGACCUCAUCACGGACAGAUUCCCGCUUCCGCGAUUCAUUGUUUGCGACGCAGGAGGAUCUCAGGCCAGAUUCCUCCUCUCAAAACUCAACCCCUCGACAACACACACCACGGGUGCCUAUGGCGGAGUAGGGGCGCAGAAUGCCCAAACCAUCUUCACCGAUGAUGUCUCGCUGCAGACCUUCAUGGACCAUCUAAUGAAGCUCGCCGUAAGCGGCACGAAUUGA